AUGCGGCGAGCGCGACUUCGACGGUUACAAAUGCAGAAACAAGCAGCGAUAGUGGCAGUAUCUCCGGCGAUUUCUCGGUUGGCGAGUCGGGCUCAGCCCCAAAUAAAAGAGAAGAAUAACGUAGCACUGUCAGCUAACUCCUCAAAGAGGAAAGCUGCCAGAAAAGUGAACGCCUCAAACCCGGUAAAAUUUUCUGAGAAGAAGAAAAGCCUGAGAAAGUAG